AUGGAUCAAUCGCUGACUCUCAUCGAUGCACAAGUCCACUUCCUCGAGGAGCGUGUGGUACUGGUGCACAUUCCGUUGGAGUUGUACCCCUACUUCUUGAAGUCUGUUUUGAGACUGAUCUUCGAUGAAACUUCGUCACUUGAAGACGAGAACGACGACAAUGCAGUGGAUGAUGAUGUCGAGAAUAUCUCAGAGCAAGACUCUGCAUAUAGACCACCAGCAUUCAUGAACGUCUCCAUCACCCCAGUCGAAGUGUCUGUCAUGUGUCCUCGACGCUUGAUCGAGAAGUACUUCAUCCCAGUCAUGGAUCAACUUGACCAACUGGAUGCCUCUCUCCGGUCUCGGCUAGUCGUGAGCGAAAAGGACUAUAUCGCCAUGCAGGUUCUCGGCCAGGGUCUCGAGGCCGGCAAGCGAGUCUUGGAACUGACCAGUCCACUUGCCUUAGCAGGCAUGUAUGUGAACUUUGACAUCCUAUAUCUCCAAUAUAACACCCUUGCUAACAUCCUUCAAAGCUCCAUCUUCUUUAUCUCAACCUACUUCUCCGACUAUAUUGUAUUCCCUUUGCAAAGCAAAGCAAACGUAAUGACGGCCCUCGAAAGCAGAGGCUUCCAAUUUGACACCGAAACCGCAUCCUUCGCCACCAACCCCCUCAGUCCAAGCGUCGAAAGAAGACUCAGCGACCUCAUCCCCCCGAGGACACCCCCACCCUCAACUCUAGGCGAGCUCCAAACCCGCACCUUCGCCAACCUCCGCAAACACCGAAUCACCCCUUCCGUAGACGCCACCCUACGCCUAGUCCAGUGCGCCGCCCACCACGAGUACCACUGCCAAAAGAGCUCAAUGUCCAUUCUCCGCGACGCCCUCACGACAGUCCUGCUCGUUGACGAACCACGCUUCCUCUCCCUAACCCUCGCCGCCCUCGACCCAGCAGCCUCCCUUCUCUUAGAGAAGCGCCUCCUCCCCCGCUUCGCACGCCAAUCCCCUCACGAAGACGGCUACGAAGACGGCUCCGGUCUUCUCCUCGGCUCUAAAGAAGAUCACCUCGUCCCUAUCACCCUCGAUCUCCGUGAUCUCCCUCUCGAAGCCUCCGGCAUCGUCUGCGGCGUCGCCGGCCGUCUCGCCGAUGCCGCUACGAGCCCGCUAAUUGGCACAGGUGUCAGCGUCUCUGCAUCUGAGCCCCUGGAUUCUCUGGACACGCGUCUAGCCACCUUCUCCGUCUCAAGCAACGCCACCCCAUCUCACAUUCUGCACCCUUUAUCGCAGACCCAUCAUCUCCAGCCUGAUAGGGACGCCGUCGCUGAUGCAGUCGAGAUUAGUUUCUUGAGCACUGCUCGUGCCGGCACAAUUAUCGUCGGCGAGGAUGAGUUGAGGAGGGCGAUUGAUGCGCUUGAGGCGGAAAAGAUGGAGUCGCAGACGCCUGAUCAUCUGCGGGAAUAG